AUGUUUUCAUCUUCAAAGCCCAAGUUUGCUCUUGAACUAUCUAUAAAUGAACUUACUAAUGUACCACAGAUUAAUGGAGCUUGCUACAUUGAAGUGUCGAUUCGAGACUCAAAACAUAAACACAUGCAUAAACACACCAAUGGAUCUCGAGCACCAUCCAAAGAUACUUCCUCAUCUACCAACUCAUCAUCAAAUGGUAGCACAUCAGCAUCCAAUGCAGCAAAAUCAUUUCUAAACAGACUUGACUCAAAGGCUAGUAAAACUGUCAAUAAAGAAGUUGCUCAAGCUAAAGGUUCCUCCGGCCAUAUUUCAACAACCACGUCAUUGAAGAAGUUACAUAAUUUCAAGUGUAAUUUCAAUUAUAAACUUACAUGCAACUUGAAGUUCAAUUUAAAGAGUAAGAAAAGUCGGUUAAUUGGUAACAAGUAUCUAUCACUUAGAGUAUAUUAUGUGCACGACGAUAGACAUGGAGGCGAUGAACAAAUCAUUAUCCCAUUGGGUCGAUUAGAAAUCAACUUGGCAGAGUACUUGAACUUUGAAGAGCCAGUUAAUUUGAAAUACUUGCUUGAUGACUCAAAAGUAAACUCUAUAUUGAAUUUAACAAUUGGUCUUUCAGAAUUGCCCGAAAAUUUUGAUUUCCAUACCCAGUUGCAAAUUCAAGAUAACAACAGUAGUGUUGUGUCUUCGACUGCCUUAAAAGAGGGUCUCCAUCAAAACAAGAAACGAAACACAACUUUUAAUGUGCCCCAAUUUGAACGGAAAAAUGUAUUCAAUGGAAUCAGCAAUAUCUUUGGCGACUCCAACGCGGAUGAAAAUGGUUCACCCAAUCGUGUAUCAGCACCAUCUACACCGCAAUCUGAAUCCGAUGAACGGCCACAAUCACCUACACCACGUAGUCAUCGGUCAGUGUUUAAUCAGGCAAGCUCACCUGAACUGUCAGCCUCGUCUAAGCUUUCCCUUGAUGGUAAACCAAUUGACGAUAUUACAAAUUUGAACAAUCAGGAUUUGAUUAAAUUGGUUGCACAAUCUUCAGAUGUAUCUCUGGCUAUGUCAACCCAUCUGCCGAAUCUGAAUGGUCAGAAUGGUCAAAAUGGCAAUGGGGGAGGAAACCACAAUGGUAAUUCGGUGUCGGCAGGUAAUCGACACAUUGCCAUGGACCCCAUCAUCAAUUCCUUGUAUACAAAGAUUCUUGAAAGUAAUUGGGACCCAGCAUUGUAUCCACUUUUGGACUACUCCCCCAAUCAAUGUAUUGAUGAUAUUUUCGAUAACCCUGAAAACCCAUAUGGAUGUAAUUUGAAAUUGAAGGAUUUUUAUGAUUCACAAGUUGAGAAAGAUGAAAAGAAUAACGGGUACAGAAAUUUGAAUGGGUUGAUUAAUGAAGAUAAGUAUAGAUCAAAUUUACGAAGUUGGACGUUACCCGAUUCUCAAUAA